UGGCCACGCCCACAAAUGGCCACGCCCCACGCCCUGGCUCCUCCCGCCCCUCCUUCCUGGCUCAGCCUCCGGGAACUCUGCGCCCGCGAGCUCCUAGCUCCUCCCUUGCGCUCCAACUCGACUCCCCAAGCCGGAGGCGCGCCUCCCCGUCCAGCUCCCAGGUCUUCAGUCACGCCGCGGGGAUCCGAAGCUCCUCUAGGGGGCUGUGUCGCACCAGGUGCUGGCCGGGCGUGGCGGGCACCACGGAGCAUCAGGUGCGGCUUCCGUGUCAAGAUGGCUGCGGCCUGCAGCGCCGGGGCCUGGAUGCGGUCCCGCGGCCGGCUGCGGGCGGGGGCCGGGCUGCCGCGCCUCGCGCUCUGCCUGCUGUGCUGGGCCGGGGCGGCCGCGGGCGCGGUCCCGGAGCUCGGACUCUGGACGGCCACGGUCAGCGAGAAAUCGGGACCCUUGAUAUUUAGGAAAACUAUGUUUAACUCUACUGAUAUCAAGUUUUCUGUUAAGUCAUUCAGUUGUUCUGGACCUGUGAAGUUUACCAUAGAGUGGCAUUUGAAGUACCAUAUCUGCCAUAAUGAAUAUUUUCAACUGGAAGAACUGUCACAAAAGCAUGAACUCCCUGUUGAUGAAGAUUUUUGUGGUCAUUAUUUCAAGAACAUUGAUUGUUGGACAACAAAAAGUGAAAACUUAGACUGUAACAGUGAUUUACAGGUGUUUCCCUCAUUAAUUAAUAAAAAAACAAUGCAAGACAUCAGAAAUGUUUCAAACCAGCAAGACUCAAUGGAUGUUAUAGCCAGAACACAGAGAAAUGGGUUUCACAUCUUUAUUGUUUCUGUUAAAACGGAAAAAACAGAUGCAAAUUGGAAUUUGAAUGUUUCUCUUUCUAUGAGGGGACCUCAUGGCUAUAUCUCUGCAUCAGAUUGGCCUCUAAUGAUUUUUUACAUGGUGAUGUGUAUUAUUUAUAUUUUGCUUGGUGUACUCUGGCUGAUAUGGUCUGCCUGCUAUUGGAAAGAUAUUUUAAGAAUCCAGUUCUGGAUUGCAGCUGUUAUCUUCUUGGGAAUGAUUGAAAAAGCAGUUUUUUAUAGUGAAUACCAAAACAUCAACAACACUGGGCUAUCAACCAAAGGUUUGUUGAUAUUUGCAGAACUGAUAUCAGCAAUUAAGAGAACACUGGCUCGUCUCCUUGUGAUCAUUGUGAGCUUGGGCUAUGGCAUUGUGAAGCCUCGUUUAGGAACAGUCAUGCACAGAGUGAUUGGACUGGGGCUUCUCUACUUCAUCUUUGCAGCUAUUGAAGGCGUGAUGAGAGUCAUUGGGGCAAAUGAUUCUGAUCUUGUCCUUCUGGCCAGCCUUCCUCUCUCUCUUCUUGACUCUGGCUUAUGCUGGUGGAUUUUUAUAAGUUUAGCGCAAACUAUGAAGACUUUAAGACUAAGAAAGAACACAGUGAAAUUUUCUUUAUACAGGCACUUUACAAAUACACUGAUCUUUGCUGUAGUAGCUUCUGUAGUGUUUAUGAUAUGGACAACUAAGACAUUUAGAAUUGCAAAAUGUCAAUCAGAUUGGAUGGAACGCUGGGUUGAUGAUGCAUUUUGGAGUUUCCUUUUUUCACUGAUCCUUAUUGUAAUAAUGUUUUUGUGGAGACCAUCAGCAAAUAAUCAAAGAUAUGCCUUCAUGCCCCUAAUAGAUGAUUCAGAUGAUGAAGUUGAAGAAUUUAUGGUAACAUCUGAAAAUUUAAAUGAAGGAAUAAAAUUAAGAGUCUCAAAAACAGUUUCUAAUGGAACAGCUAAGCCUGCUACUUCAGAUAAUUUUGAUGAAGAUCUCAAGUGGGUAGAAGAAAAUAUUCCCUCUUCAUUUACAGAUGUAGCUCUUCCAGUGUUAGUGGACUCAGAUGAGGAAAUCAUGACCAGAUCUGAAAUGGCAGAGAAAAUGUUCUCUUCAGAAAAGAUAAUGUGAUUAGAACCCAUGUAAAUGGAAUCUAGUGAAUGGGCAAGACUUUCAUAAGACUAAGAGAGUUUUGAUAUAACACAAUGUUUUUAUUGCAGAUAUCUUGGAAAGAUGUAUUAAAAUUAAGAAUCAGAUGAUAGAAGAGUUCUGCAACCCUAUGUAGAACUCUUGAAUAUCAGCUAAAUUACCUGGCCUUGGAUAAAACCUAAGGAAAGCAAUACAGUAUGUGCCCAGAGGCCCUUAGCUGAUAGGUGGCAGGCAUGUGGAUUUGGGUUUCCUCUCUAUUCUGAAGAAUGUGGCAAUUCCAGGUUUUUUGGUUUUUGUUUUUUUCCACAUAAACACUUCUGUUAUUCUUCCACUGACUUUUGAGAUAAUGUGAUUCUUCUGAAGUGUAUGAAAGCAGUGUCUCUGUCUGUUGGGUUUGUCAUUACUAGAUGUAAUAAUAGUUUUUUGUGAAUAAUUGGUUUAUACUAAAGUGGCUAGACAAUAAGUAAAACUUGGUUAAUAUUGGA